GUGAAGACAAUGCUGCGAUAGACCAAACAUUUCAAACAGCGAGGAACAACUUCUCGCAGUUCGGAACAUCGACGCUGAUGAGCAACUCGAAGGCGAAUUCUCUUUUAAGGAUGCUACAGUCUUCCAAAACCGCACCGGGUUUACCCUUCGAAGAUGAUGACCUGACAACAACCAAGCAGCUUUCGUUUUCCUUGGACAAGGAACCACUAAAACUCCCAAUGACGGAAAUCGCCAUGAACAAAUUGUUUCGAAUGUUGGAGGAGCAGAAUUUUGAAAGACUGAUCGAGGAGGAAAUCUUCAAACCGACAAGUG